GACAGUCAUUUCUGGCGUUGAAACAAACAAUUUGCGAAAAACUUAUUUGUCCGACUAAUGGAAAGAUUAUAAGUGUAAUUACGUUAGCGAUAAAAUCAUUUAUUCAAGUUGAUAAAGUAGUGUGAAUUAAGUAAAUCAGCUACUUUAGUAUGUUAAUAUAGAGUAGAAAUGCACAUAGUUUUAAAGUUGUGAAAACAAAAAAUAUUUGGGGAAUCAGUGGUUGUGUACAGAUUCUGGAUACCAAAAUAUUGAACUAAGCGGCAAGACAUACAAUGGCAUUAUCUACUGCAGGAGAAAAUAGGCCACCUAUUCUUCAUAUACUGGUUGUGGGAUUCCACCACAAAUUAGGCUGCCAGGUUGAGUUCUCAUAUCCACCGCUAAUACCAGACACAACGGGUAAAAAUGAAUGUCCAUCUGGUUGGAAAUAUUUGCCUACAUUAGCACUGCCCGAUGGUUCACAUAACUUUGGAGAGGACACAGUUUUCUUUAAUUUGCCUAGUCUGACCGAACCAACGGAGAGUGUGUAUGGCGUAUCGUGCUAUAGACAAAUACCAAUUGAGAAAUUAAAAAUUCGCACAGCAGAUAUGACACGAAGUACAGUGCAAAAAUCAAUUGUAGUACUCGCUCGACUGCCUAUAUAUGGUUAUAUAGAGGUUAAACUCUCGUUAAUCGCGGAUGCAUUUUUUGAGAAAGGUGAUUUUUCUUGCACGGAACUACUUAUAAAAGCAUACCAACAACUCAAUGCCUGCUUAUUGGAUGAUGAAACCCAACGACCACUACGUAAUUUUUACGUUGGUUUAUCGUUACGUGAAAUCGUACUUCAAUGGCGCCAUAAGGUGCUCAUUCUUUUCAAGUUGUUCCUAUUGCAACGUCGAGUUGUGUGCUUUGGUUCACCGGUACGUGGUAUGUGUGUGCUGGUGUUAGGCAUCGCAUCAUUAAUCCCACGUCUGCUGGAGAAAGGUUUUCAAGAGGUGGCUUGUGUGCGAACAUCACGACCACUAUCACCCAUGCCGGAUUUCACCGAUUCUAUACACCAGGAGACAGCAGAAUUGAAGCAGGGUGAAGAAUAUUUAACUCCUUAUGAGAAAAAUGCUCAACAGCCAACAACAAAAAUAGUGGAAGAAGUUUGUCAGAGUGAAGAAGAUAACGGCGGUAGUGCCACCGGUGACACAGUAGAUGAUUGCACUUUGGUAUCAUCUGCUAUAUCAGCAGCGAGCCAAGCGGCUACUGAUGACACAUCAACUAAUACAUCAUCGUCGCAGUCAACAAGAGAGCUCAACCGCCUUGAUUCAUUGGAGGGAGCCGGCGACAUAGGAAACAAACGGUUUGCACGCAGCGAUUCGCUAACUCGAGAAGGCAGUGUCGACACUUUGGCAUCAACGCUAUGCACAUUAUGCUCCAUAAACCCAGACGAAUAUCGCGCACCUAUUUCAAUUUUCGCCAGUGGUAAUCUAUUCUUGCCGUAUCUUUCGUUGCCAUAUAUGGAUUUACUUAGUGAUCCAUCUGUACUGAGCUAUGUCAUUGGCACUUCGAAUGUAUUGUUCCAACAGAAACGUCAACUUGCUGACGUGUUGGUGGACGUAGAAAAUGCCAAUAUAGAUGCACUUGAUGGAGAAGUACGACGACAACUGAUUUUAAGUACUGAGGAUUUACGAUUCAUGGACUAUAUGCUUAAACAUGUGCAAUCGCCAAAAGAGGACGCUGAGGGCAGCGAGCAUUGGAUACGUGAUCAAUUUCAAGGCUAUAUUCUAGCGUUGUUACGUACGGCGGUGUGCAGCGAUGUUACUACCAAAGACAACGAACACUUCAAUGCACUUUUUAUGCAGGCAUUUAAACGCACACAAUGUUUUCAAGAAUGGUACGAUGUGCGACCUGAAGCUGAUUUUUUCGACGCUUUGCCCGCCGGACAUCCAUUUGCGGGUACACUUUCUGUAGCCGAUAUGAAGCUAAAAAUUGCACAAACAAUGCAAAACAGUGAAAGUGGUCGCAAAAUCAAUCAAGCCGUAAACACAACCAGCCGUGUAGUUGGAGUUGCACUCUCGCAGGCGAAGGGCACAUUCUCUACCUGGUGGUCCUCCAUCACUACACCUCCCACACAGGCUGCUGCCCCCGCCGAAGUUAGUGAUGGAGAGAACAGCACAGCGGUAUCUGCGAAACCGAGUAUGGAACAACAAUUGACGGAGCAGCCACAAGAAAUCUCGAUUACAUUCCAAAAAAACAUUGAAGAUCCAGAUCGCGUAAAUAUACAUAUUGAGGGCGAAAAGAAAAUGACCUGCACUGGUAGUAAUACCAGCAGUAGCGGCAGUGAGAAACUUAUUGACAGUGCUGAAGAACUAGGCGAAGACGAAGUUGUUUUGGACAAUAAGAAUAUAAGUGGAGAGGCUGAUAGUCAAACAGAUAUUAGCGGAGAACAAUUGCAACAAGGCAUUGUCGAGAUUGGGCGGGAAGCCGAUGUGUUGAAUAAACCUAAAGCCGCACCUCUGCAAACCCCAACUUGCGGCACAGAUGUGGCAAAUGAGACACCACGAGACAAUGGUGAUGUAUUUAUUGUAUAAAUUCGUUAAGAAAAUAUAAAUUUUAAUUUGUUAAUUAUUUUCUGAAAUGUUUUCGUCGAUAUUUAUUUAUUAAUUUGAACUUAAUUUAAAAAAUUUGAGUUCCCAAGCGGAAAAUAUUUUGUUUAAAAUCUCUAAUUUAAAUUAAUACGACCCGCAUUAAACUCUACUUUAUAUGGUUUAUAUUAUAUUAUAUUAUUAUUAGUAUAAAACAAUAUAUAUUUGUGCUAGUUGCCAUAAGUUUGCGCCAAAGUACUUUCAAAGAUUAUUUUAAAUGCGCUCAAGUCAAAUUAAUGAAUUUCAUACUCGUAAGAGGUUUACUUAAUAAUAAGUGUGAUUUUGGAAUCAUUUUUCAGUGUGAGAUUUAAGCCAAACGAUUCAUGAGUAGAAAUUAAAAACGAUUAAAGACAAAAUGAAUUUCUGAGCAAGAGAUUUUGUUAAUUUAAAUUUUUGUAUACUUUUCCAUUUAUGCUAAGCUCUAAAUCGUCCUAUUUUAGAAAUGUAUAAGUAUAUUAAUCGGUAAUUAUUUGAAGCUGUUCCAAGUGCAAUUUAUAUUUAACAAACGAAUUAACAACCAAUGACCUUUGAAAUGAAGCUAUAACAGAAAUUAAUUUGUAAACUGUGUGUGGCAAUAAAUAAACAAUAUAUUGAACAGAAAAUAAGAACUCAGUA